CUGACUUCAGGUCCCCGGCGGCCGCCGUAGCCGGAACUGUUUGGAGCGCGGCGGCCCGGGUGUAGGAGGGCGAGCGGCGGCAGCACCGGCGCCCUCAGCCCUGUCAACCGCACGCCGGUCAACGGAGAGGACUGCGAAGGGAACGGUGCUCGGCGACCGCAUCUGACAUACGACCACCAGCCCGGCGUCGCGGCCUCGCCGCAGCCGGAGCUGCCCGGCCCGGUUGGUUCUGCGGGCGUCCGCGGAGGCCCGGGAUCCGGGAUCCAGGCUGCCGGGAGUCGUGGAUGAAAAAGGAUGACAGUGAAGUUGGGCGACGCCGGCAGCGGGGAGGAAGGGCUCAAGAAGCUGGGCAAGCGGACGGCCGAUGAGGAGUCGCUGGACGGAGAGGGGCCCGGCGGCGCGGACGCAGCGGAGGACAGCAGCAGCAGCACAAAGAGGGACGGGCAGACCCCUCGGGCCGCCGGAGCCCCCGCGCCACCCAGAGGGUUACCGACGCCGUCCCCACCGCAGGGCAGUCCCCAAGACCAGCACCACUUCCUCAGGUCCAGCGUGCGGCCACAGAGCAAGAGGCCCAGGAAGGACGCGCCCUGUGCUGUGGGCAGUGGUGGUGCCAGCGGUUCCGGGCCGCGCGGAAAAGGUGACGGUGGCGCAUCAUCUUCUGGAAACAUCUCUGUGGUUGCUCCUGCCACCCCGGCAGGAGGUUCGCGCUCCUCUUCCCGGAACUUAGGGUCGUCAGGGCCUGAGAAGGAAGAAGGAAAGAAGGUGCGGAGGCAGUGGGAGUCGUGGAGCACAGAGGACAAGAAUACCUUCUUUGAGGGACUGUAUGAGCAUGGAAAAGACUUUGAAGCCAUUCAGAACAACAUUGCUCUGAAAUACAAGAAGAAAGGCAAGCCUGCAAGCAUGGUGAAGAACAAAGAGCAGGUCCGCCACUUCUACUACCGCACCUGGCACAAGAUCACCAAGUACAUUGACUUCGACAAUGUGUUCUCUCGAGGGCUAAAGAAAUCAUCCCAGGAACUCUAUGGUCUUAUCUGCUACGGAGAGCUACGAAAGAAGAUCGGGGGUUGUAUGGAUGACAAGAAUGCAACAAAGCUGAAUGAACUCAUUCAGGUUGGAGUCCUGCUUUUCCCUGAGCUUCAUCUGGUUGGAGUCAACCAGUACACAGCCUGUUUAGAUUGGCCUCUACCAUUCACGGCUCUAGCCACCACAGUCCGCUAUAAAGGGAGAAAUCUGAGGAUCAAGGCACCCAUGUGUCGGGCCCUAAAGAAACUCUGCGAUCCAGAUGGUCUAAGUGAUGAAGAGGACCAGAAGCCAGUGCGCCUACCCCUGAAAGUCCCUGUAGAGCUACAGCCACGGAACAACCACGCCUGGGCACGAGUCCAGAGCCUGGCCCAGAACCCGCGUCUCAGGAUGAUUGUGGAGCUACAUCGAAAAGUCUCUAGCCUCAUUGAGUUCUUGAAGCAGAAGUGGGCACUCCAUGAAGUACGAAUUCGGAAGACACUUGAGGAGAGGCAGCUGCAGGUCUCAAGCACAGCGCAGACCCAGGAGAAGGUGGCAUUGCACCUGUUCCCAGGCGAGAACUGUACGCUGACACCACUGCCGGGUGUGGCCCGUGUGGUACACUCCAAGGCCUUCUGCACUGUACACUGGCAAGAGGGUGGCCGGUGCAAGCAGGGCACCAAGGACACACACUCGCUGCCUCCAGCCCAGAUCCUGGGCAUCCAGAGUGGUCAGGGAAUAGCCCGGGGCCAGGUGAAGUGCCAGAGGGGCAGUGCUGAAGGCAAAAGUGGGGGGCGGCUCCUUCCUAAUGCAGAUGCCUCACAGAGUUCAGGGGAGAGUUCCCCUGAGAGUGCUCCUGGAGAGGGGGCAGCGCCAAGUAUGAGCAGCUCGGAUGCCCCUGACAGGCCUCCUCAUGGACACCAGGUCUCUGGCCCACAGCUUGAGAAGACCCCUCUAGCAGCCCUUGCAGUGGGUGGGGACAGCCCCAUUCAAGAAUCUGGGGCCCUGCCAUGUUCCUGCGGCCACCCCCCAGAUUUGGACGAUGAACUCUCACUCCUUGACCCCUUCCCCCGAUACCUGAAGUCUUGCCAGGAUCUCAUCAUCCCGGAGCAGUGCCGCUGUGCAGACACACAUUCUGGGGGAGAGCACCCACUUCUUGGCAGGGUAGCUUCCCCAGAGGCCCUCAUGCCCAGCAGCAGAGAUGUUGCCGACAAUGGUCACCCUGGCCCGGACUCUCAAACUGGCACCGAUCCUCAACUUAACCCCAGGCUUCUGCCAGAUAUUUGUACUAAAGAGCUGGCAGAUACAGCUCCUGAAGAGUCCCAGGAGAAAGGAAGCCCCUCAGAACCUCUGUUGUCUCAGGGACAGCCUGCUGCCAGGCCUUCAAAGGAAGUCCCUGCCAGCCAGCUGGCCCAGCAGCUGCGUGAAGAGGGCUGGAGCUUGCAGACCUCUGAGAGCCUCACACUGGCUGAAGUCUACCUCAUGAUGGGCAAGCCGAGCAAGCUGCAGCUGGAGUAUGACUGGCUGGCUGUGCUGGGCCCUGAGAGCCAGACACCCACAGCACAGGGCCAGGACGCCCUACCCCGCUCUCCGCCCUCAGCCCUCCACCAGCAGCGCCUCCUGAACUGCCUCCUGAGGCUCAUCUCCACUGAGGUCCAUCCCAAGAUGGCUUUUGAAGCAAACACAGCAUCAACAGCUUCAGUCAGGCCCACCCAGGAGGAGCAGUCCACAACCCCCCCAGGGAAGGGAGUGACCAUCAGCUCUCGGAGUCCCCGCUGCUCUCGAAAUCCAUCUGCCCUCCGAAGCAGCAAGACUUUCCCAUCUGGUUCUGCACCUUGUUCCCCAGGUUUGAGAAAUCCCCCAAGGCCUCUCUUGGUGGCUGGUUCCUCCAACACAGGAAGCAGUGACUCAGAUGGUGGCCUCUUUGUUGUCCCAACGACUUUGCCACCCAACAGUCGACAUGGAAAGCUCUUCUCUCCUAGUAAGGAGGCGGAGCUGACGUUUAGGCAGCACCUGGACUCCAUCAGCAUACAGUCAGACUUUUUCUCACCAAAACCCAAAAAGCUACGGAAACGGCACUUACGAAAGCCACUGGUGGUCCAGAGGACACUGCUCCCUAGACCUUCUGAAAACCAGUCCCACAAUGUGUGCUCCUUCUCCAUCCUGUCUAAUUCUCCUAUAGCCGGCAGAGGCUGGUUCCGGCCCAUCCAGUCUUCUCUGACCAAAGCAGCUCUGUCUCGACCGAUAGUGCCCAAGGUCCUCCCAUCUCAGGCCACCAGUCACCUGCCCAGUGCCAUUGACUUAGCAGCUCAAAGUGCUGGCAUCAUCCCUGGAAGUCCCUUGCCUGUUUUAGACACCGAUGGCUCUUCUGGCGUCUCUCCACUGUCUUCAGAACAAGUAACCACUGCCAUCUCGGGGCAGAGUGACACUGGUCCACACCAGAGCAGAGACCCUGUUAGUUCCAUAAGUGGCACCAGUGACCCAUUUAUCAGCGUUCCAAGACCUGAGCAGGAGCCAAUGACAGACGGUUUCCAGGGAUCAUCUGUUCUAUCCUUACCUGAGCUGCCCAAGGCUCAUCUCCAGAAUGGCCUUUCCACACCUUUACCCUCAUCAGAGAGCUCCAGCACUCGGCUCUCCCCACCCAAUGUUUCUGCACUGCUGGACAUAUCCCUACCUGGCCCGCCUGAGGAUGUUCUCUCACAGGGAGAACCUGCCACACAGAUCAGUGACUCCAUCAUUGAGAUUGCCAUCAGCUCUGGCCAGUACAGUGAAGGAGUUCCUCUUUCUCCAGCAAAACUGAAUGGCAGUGACAGUUCCAAGAGUCUCCCUUCCCCAUCCAGCAGCCCCCAACCCAACUGGAUUGCGUCUCCCACUCAUGACCCGCAGUGGUACCCCAGCGACUCCACAGAUUCCUCGCUCAGCAGCUUGUUUGCCAGCUUCAUAUCCCCAGAGAAGAGCAGGAAGAUGCUACCAACUACUGUUGGGGCCAACAGCGGCACAUCUUUGCUUGGCCCUAGCUUGUUGGAUGGAAAUUCAAGGGACUCUUUUGUGUCCAGGUCUCUUGCUGAUGUUGCAGAAGUGGUAGAUUCCCAGUUGGUGUGCAUGAUGAAUGAGAACAGCAUUGACUACAUAUCUCGAUUUAAUGACCUGGCCCAAGAAUUGUCCAUCAAUGAGCCUGGCCGCCGAGAGGUUCUUUUUGAUGGUGGAGGAGGUGGUAAUCCUGUUGGUGACCUCUCUCAGUGACUGUGCCUUGUGACAUGGGCAUCCUGGAAUCCACAAGGGAAGUCUACGGGGCUGGCCCAUAGAAACCGUCUUCACAGUAGAGAGAGUCAAGCCCAGAAUCCCCAGAAGACAGUGAACCAGAGCACCUCUAACAGCAUACGAUAUGCAGCCAUAGGAGCAACUGAUCAUGGCCUGUCCCAACAAGCAGGGACAGUGCAUACACAGACCAGGAUGAGCUCUAAGAAGGGGAGAUAGACAUGAGACAUUUUGAGUAUCAGAGCCCUUACUCACAGUCCUGUAGCCUGUGUAGCAAUUCCAACUGUGUGUCUGCAUGUUAAGCCUUCUAGAGGGUCUCUCAAGAGACAUGCCUGGUGUUCAUUUUGUCUUGGGAGCUGUUUAUCCUGUGUGCAGGGAAGCCGCGCCACUGCUGCUUUCUUUCUGAUAUCCUUUCCCCAUUUGGCUGUUAUGUCUGCAGUGAUGUUGCAAGGGACAGUGAGUGUGGACCAAGCUCUUGCUUGGUGGUAUCUGCAAGCGAAUACACUUCCUGGAUGCCUUGACCAUGAAGCAGAGAAAGAUCCCAGAGUCAUGUAGCUAGCAGAGGUUUGGUUCUUCCUGGAGUAAGAAGGGGGAAAGAAAGCAUGGGUUGUAUGGAUGUUUUAUAGGGUCCUACAAAGCUGGUUGGAAAUGGUUUUCUUGUGGUUUAAGAAUUAGGAGACAUGGGCAAGGAAUGGUAAGAGUCCUCUAUCUAGGUGGCUCUGCUCUCUUCCUGUGCUUACUGCCCAGUUCUUUCUAGGUGACCUAAGAUACCAUUCCUCUUUACUUACCUGCCCCCUCCCCUGAACACUGCUGUGUCUACAGAUAAAGCUUUAUGUGUGCUCUAAUUUUUCAUGUGUUAUUGCUGGUGUCUGAGGGGUGUCUUUGCCCCAGGCUGCCUCUCUUCCUGUUCUGGGACUCAAGCAGGGUUUAGAUGUCAGAGGAUGGUAAGAGCUCACCACUUGGUGUUUUAGCAGCCCUCUUCUGGAGCACAACAGUGUUCAGCAGUCAUGAUUGUGGCCAUCCUGCUUAGCAUGGUGCCAACAAGAGUUCCAUCCCCUCCUUUGCUAUCAGUAGAUCCUUGCAACACAGUCACUCUCUUGCAGGACCCGGUAUGUUCAGGGAGCUGUGGCUGUGGUUCCGGGGCAACAGGUGACACCUGCAUUACUCUCUCACUACUCUCUCCACACAGCAGCCAGGGCUGACAAGUCCUUCCCCCCCACCUCUCUUUCUCCCUCCCUCCCUC